AUGGCUACUUGGGUGGAUCAAUUGAAAAACGAAAAGAACCGGGUUGCCUCGGAUCAGAAGAACGGCCCUGCCGGUACUGCCACGCUUGUUCAAAAGUACGGCAAAUGUCAAGAAAUUGUCGGCCGUGGAGCUUUCGGUAUCGUCAGGAUAGCGCACAAGGUGGAUCCAAAUGACUCGAAACACGAGCAGUUAUAUGCUGUCAAGGAGUUCCGCCGUAGACCGCAGGAAGACUCAAAGAAGUACAGCAAACGUCUUAAUUCGGAGUUCUGCAUUUCAUCGUCUUUGAGACAUCCAAAUGUCAUCCACACCCUCGAUCUGCUCACCGACGCAAAGGGCGACUACUGCGAAGUCAUGGAAUUCUGUGCUGGUGGAGAUCUCUACUCGCUGGUCCUUGCUGCCGGCAAGCUAGAAGUCGUCGAAGCGGACUGCUACUUCCUGCAGCUGAUGCGUGGUGUUGAAUAUAUUCACGAGAUGGGUGUCGCACAUCGUGAUCUCAAACCAGAAAACCUUCUGCUCACAACGCAUGGUGCUCUCAAGAUCACCGACUUUGGCAAUGGUGAAUGUUUCCGCAUGGCUUGGGAAACAGAACCGCAUAUGACGGCAGGUCUUUGCGGUAGCGCGCCUUACAUCGCACCGGAAGAGUACACAGACAAGGAGUUUGAUCCUCGUGCUGUGGAUGUCUGGGCAUGCGGUGUCAUAUACAUGGCCAUGAGAACUGGCAGGCACUUGUGGCGUGUUGCUAACAAGGACGAAGAUGAGUUUUACGAGAAUUAUGUGCAAGGUCGCAAAAGCGAUGCUGGCUAUGGGCCAAUCGAGUCAUUGCAUAGAGCGCGAUGCAGAAAUGUCAUCUACUCGAUAUUGGAUCCCAACGCGAGCAGACGAAUCAGCGCACAUCAAGUACUGAACUCGGAGUGGGGCAAGGGCAUCAAAGUCUGUCAGGCCGGCGAAGAGGGGCUGUAA